AUGUGGGCCUCGAUAAAGAAGAUGCUGCGCAAUUGGCGCACAUGGAUCAAAUGGCGCUACUGGUAUUACUACCUCGCCCUUGUACUCAUCGCAGUCAUGGUCGCCUUCUUUACGAUUUAUCACAGGCAGAUCAUCGAUUGGCUGACGCCUAUCAGUCAAAAAGUCAAUAGCGUCAAGUGGGGAUGGGUCAUUCCUGUUGCGAUCCUCUUUGUCAUCUCCUUCCCGCCGCUCUUCGGCCACGAGAUCGUCGCCAUCCUAUGCGGUAUCGUCUACCCAUUGUGGAUCGCAUUCGGCGUCGUGGCUCUGGGUACGCUGCUUGGAGAGCUCGGCAACUUCUGGGCCUUCAAAUGGUGCUUCCGACGCCUCGCAGAAAAGUACGAGCGCAAGUCACUCAACUACGCCUGUAUGGCGCACAUAGUUCGCGAGGGAGGCUUCCUCGUCAUCCUCAUCGCCCGUUUGUCCGCCAUCCCUGGCCACUUCACUACGGCCGUCUUCGCUACCGUAGGCAUGAACGUCUUCAUCUUCACGCUCGCCGCCUUGCUCUCCAUGCCUAAGCAGCUCGCCGUCGUGUACCUAGGUGAGGCGAUUAGGGAGGCAGGAGAAGGAGGAGAGGAGAGCACAAAGAGUAAGGUGAUCAAGUACGUCGUCCUCGCCAUCUCCGCCAUCAUCACGCUGGCGGCUGCGUGGUAUCUGUACGACAAGAUGGAAAAGGCUAGACCGACCGUGCAGGCUAGAUUGAGGGCGAAGCGCUACACCAUGCUCAGCGAGGCGCGUAGC